AUGCCUUACAAAAAUAAAAUAAAACACUGGGGACCAACACAAGCAUCCGAUAUGGCACCGAUUUCAAAAUCAAAGACGAACGAACAAGUACAGAAGGAACAGAAGAAGCGUGGUCGACCCAAAGGUUCCAAAAACAAGUCUUUGGCGAUGGCUUCAAAAUCAAAGAACAUUGGAGAAGCACAGAAGAAGCGUGGUCGGCCCAAAGGUGCCAAAGACAAGACAACCGACACAGCGUCCAAAAUCGCUAAGCCUAAGAAAAUUGGCAAGACAAAGGCUGUCGAAAAGGCCUUCAAGGCUUUAAACAACCGUAAGGGAUCGUCUCUUCAGGCAGUUAAGAAAUACCUUAAGGAAAAUGAAGGAAUUGAUUCACAGAAGAAGGCCAUCUACAUUAACAAGUCUGUACGAAAACUGACUGAAGAUGGAACUCUACGUCAUCGUGCAGGAAUUGGGGCCAGAGGGACUUUCAAACUGGUUUCAGCAUAG